GGCAGCAUUGGACAGUUACUUUCAGCUCAGCAGGACUCAAGAGCCAGCAACAGGAGCAACGCCACAUCUGGAGCCCUCAGCUGUGAGGGACAGCCAGGAACACGGCUCGGGUGAAACGAUAGAAGUGAGUGACUCUGACAGCAGCAGUUCUGCUGAGGAGGAGGAGGCGGUGGAGGCUGCAGCACCCCUGCUACCAACCGCCCAGGAGACAGCUCCAGCGGACAGCUCGGCAGUUUCCAGUCAGGUCCAAGCAGAGCCACCUCAAGCUUUAUCUCAAGCUCCUGCAGAACAUGGAAGUUACGAAGAGGAAGAGACUGAAGUCCAGCAAAAGCAGAGAACUCCACCAAAGAAACAGGAGCCAUCAGUUCCCGUUGCAGUGCUGGAUGAGGAGGAGGGGGAUACCUGUGCCAUCUGCUUUGAGCAGUGGACCAACGCCGGCGACCACCGUCUCUCAGCGCUGCGCUGUGGACACCUCUUCGGUUACACCUGCAUUGACAGGUGGCUCAAGGGCCAGGCAGGGAAGUGCCCCCAGUGCAAUAAGAAGGCGAAGCGCUCUGACAUUGUGAUCCUGUAUGCUCGCACUUUGAAAGCGCUCGAUACCAGUGAACAGGAACGCAUGAAAAGCUCUUUAGAAAAGGAGCAGAUGUUGCGGAGACAGGCAGAGCUGGAAUCUGCACAGAGCCGUCUCCAGCUGCAGGUUUUGACAGACGAAUGCAGCAAACUCCGCAAGCAAGUUCAGGAGCUGAAGGCGUUGAUGGCCCAGCACAAUGUGAAUGCUUCGCAGCAAGCUGGCAGCUCCCACCCCUGCCUCCCGGGCAGCCUCCCCUCCAGCCAAAGCCAGCGCAAGUACCACUUGGAAAAGGUUUUUCUGGUGUCUCAGACUGGGAACUGCAGAGUGAUGGCAUACUGUGACUCACUGAGUUGUCUCGUGGUAUCGCAGCCCUCUCCACAGUCUACUUUUAUUCCUG